UCCCGAUAUAUAUUCUUAAAAAAUCUGCACAGGGAAGUAACUUUGGCAACGAGGUCAUUUGACACCCAGCCAGAUCAAUAUACAGUCAGUGACGGAGAAGGAAAAACUUGAUGUCGGCGAGCGACGGAAUGGAGGGCUCCGCCGAGGUGAAACGUAAAAAUCCCAAGCCGAAGCGGACCUUUAAGUCAGAAAAGGAGUUCCUAGAGUUUACUUUAAAGUAUCAGCAAGUUAUUGCUGAAAGAGAUUCCGCUAUAUCAGUUCGAGAUAAGCUUGAGUCAUUGUGUCGGGAAUUACAACGUCAAAACAAAAUAUUAAUGGAUGAAUGCAAACGAGUGUCAACGGAAGGUCAAAGCUUAAGAUUAGAUAUGUCAACCAAGUUUCAAGAUGCAAUUAAGGAAAUAGGCCAUAAGCUGGAAGAGCAAAAAGAUGAAUCGCUGACUCAGCUCAAGGAAAAUGAGAUGUUAAAAGUCAAGUUGAAGCAUCUUGCUGAUCAGUAUGCUCUUACUGAACAACAAUAUACACAGAAGUUGAAGCAAAAAUCGUUAGAACUUCAGAUUGCUGAUAUAAAAGUUCAGCAGCAUGAAGGGAAACUGGUUCAUGAACAAUCUCAGAUUAAAUUGUAUGCUGAGCAAGUGUCAGAAUUAUUGGCCACCGAAAAGAAUUUGAGGUUGCAGUUGGCAGCUGAUGGAGAAAAAUUUCAGCAGUUCCAGGAAGCUUUGACGAAAAGCAAUGAGGUCUUUGAAACAUUUAAGAAAGAGAUUAAGAAGAUGGAAAAAACCGUAAAUGAGUUUAAAAAGGAAAAUGCAUUCCUGAAGAGCAAAUGUGAUAAGUCUGAUGUUACACUUAUAGAGCUGGUCGAAGAGCGCGAGUACUUGAAGAAACAGUUAGAGAAAACCAAGAAUCAGAAAGAGAAGCUUGAAUCUUUAUGUCGGUCUCUUCAAGCAGAAAGAAAGCAAACCCCGUCUGCAGAAAACAGCUUGGAGCCUGUUCAGGAUUGAUUAUAUUCCAGUUUGCAUUUAGACAGAUACAACUAUGAUGCUGUGAGUGAUGGUAAAACAACUAUCACGGAUCUUACCUAGUGGGUGGGCGAAGUUGACAAGUAGUGUCUGUCUUCAUAUAACAUAGUGAAAGGAAUAUUUUGACUCAGAUUGUGUUGUAAGAAUAUAAUUCAAAUGUAUCGAUUUUAACUGUAUGAUUUUAAUUGUGAA